AUGUCUUCUGCGGCAGAAGAAGCCCCCUUAUUGCCUCAAGCGAAUCCGUCACCGCGGGCAACCCGAACAUCGCGGUCGGUGACGUUCAAUCCGCUGACGACAAUCAGUACUUACGGCGGUACCAUCUCCGAUCCCACUUUUCGUCCUCUGCAGACCGGCUCACCCCCGGUUCAAAAUAUCAAUGCUACUGGUGGACACCCUCGCCCGGGCAGCCAGCCCAUGCUCUCGGCCUUGAACAGCAAACUCCGGCGUCGCAACAGCCAUGGUGCUCCAUUCACCGCACCGCAGCCGGUCGCUCCCAAGAUUGGACCCCAGCGUACCACCAAGAAGGCACAGAAGCUCAAGCUACUUCCCGACCCUAUCACUGCCGAAGAGGAAGAGGAGUUUGACGGAGACUUCCCUCGAGAUGUCUAUUCACAAAUCACCCGCAUUAAAGAGCCUGCAGCCCGCAGCCAUGCCGCCCGACUGGGAAAAGCCGACCGUGAUCGCAUUCCUCGAGUCACCGCAUAUUGCACGGCCAACUCCUACCGACUGGAAGGCGUGAUCAAGUUUCUGAAAUCCCGCGCUAAAACUCGCGGUGCGAACCCAAAGCUGUUUGACGAGUGUGUCUAUUCGCCAUUCGACUAUCAGUACGAAGAGAAGCAGAAAGGGAAUCGGAUGUUCCCUGGUGCAGGAGGCAAUGGACACCAUGAGCGACGGCCCAGCGAGCGGAGGUACUCAGACAGUGCGGUGGAAGUGGAGGAUAAUACAAAAUCCCGAAGGGAAGAUCUCAUCGACUUCCACGAUGAAGCUGGCCAUCCUGGCGAUGUCCAUUCCGAACGCGCAAUUUCCACUCCACAAUCCGACGAGCAGCCUUUUGAAAUCGACACCACCAUUCACACACCUGAAGUCUUCCUUUUCGACUAUGGCACUGUGGUCAUAUGGGGCAUGACUCCUGCACAAGAAUCCCGCUUCUUGUCUGAUAUAUCGAAGUUUGCGACCUCCAUCUUGAGUCCCGAUGAUACCCAGAUUGAGAAUUUCAAUUUCUACUAUGCCCGCGAAUACCAGGCGAAGAUAUACAAUGAUUUCAUCUCUCUGCGUGAUCCGCGCAAUCAUAUGAUCAAGCUGGCAAUUUCGCACGCGCUGGCUCAGUCGGUCAAGACCUCUCUCUUUGAAGACUUGCUAUCUGAAACCAUUGCCGACACCGCGCCGUUACCUGCUCAGAUUGCCCAAACUGGCAGUGUUAAUCUCACGCGCCGGCAAAUUAACAUGCAAAUUGGCGAACUGUUCAUUUUGCGAAUCAAUAUCCACUUACAAGGAUCUGUCCUAGAUAGCCCGGAGCUUUUCUGGGCAGAACCACAACUGGAGCCUGUGUAUCAGGCUGUUCGUAGUUAUUUGGAAAUGGACCAGCGAGUCAGUCUGCUCACUGAGCGACUGGAUGUCAUUGCAGAUCUUCUGGCUGUGCUGAAGGAUCAAUUGACGCACCGCCAUGGCGAAUACCUUGAAUGGAUUGUCAUCGUUUUAAUUGCAGCCGAGAUCUUGGUUGCUGCCAUCAAUAUUGUCGUCGACCUAUACGCCGGCGUCGACUAA